UCAAGCAAAAUACACAGAAAAGAAGCGCAAUCCGCUACAAGUGUUGGCAACGCAUGAUUUUAUAUACAUGUUUAUGUAUUAUGCAACACUUACAGCUAGCUAGGGCUACUAAGCAUCGAUAUUAGCGAUAGUGUCAUGGCUUCGAUGGUUUUGCACCCCUUGUCGGACCGGACCGUAUUUACAGUUAUUUGCGGCAAAGUUUUUCGAGCAAGUAGAAAUUAAAUUUUGUUUUAAAGAGGAACGAUUGAAAAGAAAUGAAAUGGAUUUGAAAGAUUUCAUAGCAGUAAAGCAGCUGUGCGAAAAGAACGUGGAAAAGCUGCAAGAUAAUUUGAGAAACUUUACGCGAGAUUCGAACAUUUUGUACAAAGUUCUGGACGAACGCUGGGUGAACGUGGAUAAAGGGGAUAGGGCGCUUAUCGGUCUGCACGAUAUCUUGCUAAGUACAAUGAGUAUAAUGAAUGAAAACGUGAUCAAGUGGAACAUGCAAAUCAAUCUAAACAAGCUCGGGCCAUAUGUCGGCAACGGCGACGAACCUUUGCCGCUCAACGACACCCUGACGCACACGAACAAGCAUGGCAUUGAAGUGGAAAAUGUCUUGGAUGAACGUCCACAGCGACUACCGACAAUCGAAAAAAUCAAGGACUCGGCACCGCUUGUGCGAGAUGUGGAGUCGGCGCUGCCGCGGGUUAAGCCGGUUGCAGAUAGACUUUCGCUAUCCACGCGUUCGAGUUGGCUAAUUAAACCAGAUGAAGAAGUCCCAAAGCCCCAGCCAAAAGCCAUUCCGGCCCCACCGCCCGCUCCCGCACAGCCACAAGAUGCGGCCCAUGCUGCCAUGCUGCCCAUUUGCCCCCGCAAACGAGUCCUCAAGCCUCCGUUAGGCGGAAAAAGAACAACCAGCAGUGAAAUAUAUCAACAGAUCGUAAAGAACACGGCCGCCUUUCCGGAGGGAAGUGUCAUAAACGCCGCCGUGAUGCAUCUAAACAUAGUAGAUAACUGUUUCUUUGUGGGCAAAUGGGAUGCACAGCCGCUGCAAAGGGUACUCCAGGGGAAGAUACUUCUGAAUGAACUGGACCAACUGCCAAACUUCGGUGAGAUAUUUGCGGUGUACGAUUGCAACGAACAGAUCGUUCCACGUGUCAUAAUCAAUGAUUAUGCCGACGGCGGUGGCUAUGAUGCCUAUUUGAUUGACUACGGCGAGCAUAUACACAUGAAUGGCGAAGAAAGUAUUUUUGCCCUACCAGAUGACAUACGGCAGCUGCCGGCGGAGGCCAUUAGAUGCUUUUUCAGAGAAGGCGAUGUGGCCUCUAUGAUGAAGUUCCGGUUCAAGAGCGUGAACUUGCGUGUUUUGCAAAACAGUGGUGAAGAUUUAAUAGUUGAAGUAGCGGAGGGCGACGCAAAAAACUGUCGUAUCAGCGAGAUUACAGACAAAUCAGCUGCCUCUGAUUAUAUUCCAACCGAGAGAAAUGGCCAAGCCAAGCGAGAGGACCCACAGCCAAGCAAGGAACCAAGCAAGGGUCCACAAUUGAGCGAGACAGUGCAUACUAAUCCAGAUCAGUCAAAAGCAGUCCAAGAAGGAGCACAGUCAAGCGAGGACUGGUCGUACGAGGGCCCACAGUUAAGCGAGGCAGACAUGGCCAUGCUCAACGAGAUUGAUGAGGGCACCAGUGAUCCGCUAAAGGCUGUACUGGGCUUCAGGCCCAGAGACCAACAACGCAUCUGUCGGCAUUAUGAUCCGAAGCUCAAUGGUUGCUUCAAGGGUGCUAACUGUCGUUUGGUGCACGAGCCUUUUGCCCCUCAUGGCGCCACCAAGGACGUGGAGGUGGCAGAAGCUCUGCCGGAAACCAUGUUUGAUACGCCGCUCUCUCGAGAAUUAGGCAGCACAGUGAGAAUGUUGAUAACCUACGUGAGUAGCACCACGGAAGUCUAUGGUCAAUUUGUGGAUGGCUCUCCCCCUCUGGUAUGGAGCAAGAAUGAUGUGCUAGGGGCCAAGAGUCAGUUCAAGCAUAAGCCGCAUUUGUUGGACAUUGUCUUGGCUCGCUACAACGAUGGCUGCUAUUACCGCGCUCAGGUCAUAGAGGAAUCGGAAGGCGACUAUAAGAUAUUUUAUGUGGACUAUGGGAAUACAGAGUUUGUGCCCCUAAGUGCUCUGGUUCCUUGCGGAGAUGUAGACAGUCUUCGGCCACAUCGCGCCGUUGGCUGCUACAUCGAGGGCGUCGCACACAAGAGCUCCUUGUCCCCAAAGAAAGCCGCCGAGUGUAUGGAGUAUCUAAAAAGCAAAAUACUCAACGUGGAGGAAGACGUGAUGCUGGUCAGUCGUCUGCACGAUAGCUUUCAGAUUCGAUUCCUUGGCGAUAAUGCCAAACUUUUCGAGCAAAUGCUGAAGCGCGGCUAUGCACAGCCCGAAGAGGAUGGUCCCAAACCAUUUGAAUAGGACCACAAAGGAGAAUAUUUAACUUUCCUUACUUUACGGUUAAUUAUCGUAUAUUAAUUUAAAACAAACAUUGACAAUUCCUAUAGACUGGGCAAGCCCCUUGACGGUUCCUGUAGAUUAAAAGAGAGAGACAAACAUGUCCGAUUUAAUUAGAUAGCUUUGAAUCACGUAUCCUCGCUUAGAUUUUUUAGCCAUAUCCUUACCGAAUAAACAAUACAUAUAUUCCUAUCUAUCUAUGUA